AUAACAUCCAUUGAUCUUGUUCCCUGCUUCAGAUUGUUGAUACCAGCAAUAAGGUUAAUUUGUUAUUAUAACAGUCGUAUGAACAGCGGUGGAAGAAAAAAGUAACAAAUUGAAAGUUAAAAGAAUACAAGGCGUAGAAUAUUUUUGGAGAAGCUAAUAUAUGUUUGCAAGUUUCAGUUGGACCAGUAGAUGAAAUAAUGGGACAUUUUUUAAAGAAUUUAAAUAAAUGAUACCGCUAUAGCCUGAAAAUGAGACCGGCAGUUAUUGCCAGUGUUGCCCGGAACCGGAAACAAGGGGCGAAGCGCAUCCGGUUAAUGUCUCCACAGUUCUCAGGAAGGAGAUUCAUUGUGAUGAUUUUUGUUGGAACAUUAAUUUUUGCCCCCGGUGUUGCAAUGACAAUAUUAGGCAUAAGUAAUGAUGAGGAUAUUGACAAUUUGUCUCCAGCACAUGGUGUGCUAUACAAAGUAAUUGGCCCUGCAGCUUGUGGUAUAGGAAUCUGUAUUUUAAUUGCAGCUGUAAUGUAUUAUUUUUGCUAUGGGUUGGCAAAUACUACAAGGCCACGUCAUCAAUCGACAACUUCCUCUGGAAGUCAUCAUAAUCGUCAAUCGUCACAUUCUAGUAGUCAUAGCCAUAGUCAUAGCCACCCACAACAGGAUGCCUUAAUAGAUAACGAGAAACAACACCGGCAUAAACAGCAUCGUCAUCAUCAUAGUAAACAAAAAAAAGUUACGAAGGAAGAAACAAAUGAAUGUUGAACUACUGACCUUCAAACAAUGUUGUAACAAUUGAUGAAUUAUAACAUUUUGACUAAAACAACGAUGAACUAUUUUUGAGGAAGAGAAAAAAAAACAUAUGAAUAUUAUAGAAUAAUCGAGUUACGUGUUUUAACAGUGAGGAUUUAAGUUCAUCCAGAUUUUAUAUGAAUUUUACCGCCAUGGACUAUCUGCAGAAGAUAACAUGUCAGAGAUGGGAGUCAAUGUAGAGAUAUCUGCAGAUGGCGGGAAAUUUAUACGGAGAAGAGUUUUAAUGAAAAUACAUCACUACUUUACUAUUAUGAGAGCUAAAAUGUAAUCAUUUCACAAUGGCUGUGUUGUAGAAAGAGAACAGACCGUAGGACUGAUGUUUUUAAAAUGUUUACAUUGAUGUAAAAGAGCUUCAUGACUGCAUUUAAUAUAUUUUCUUUAUUGUUUGUGGAGCUUUUGUCAAAAUACUGUAAAUAUGUCAAAAUCAACAACUGAACACAUAUUUUCCCCCUGUAAUUUGUUUGUAUGGUGUGACUUACAGAUGUUGUUAGUCAGUCUUGUUGUUUAGAGUGAAUGUUUUUUAAUAAGGUUGAUUGGAUAUUUGAUAUUUGAGUGUUGUAUAAUUAAUGAAUUUUAUUUUUUGUUAAUGGACCAAAACAUAAAUAUAAACUAAACAUUAUAUUAUAUGUUAAUCAAUGAAACCGUUUAGUCAUAGAGUUGAGCUUAAAUAUAAAGGAAAAAAUACUUGAAUUCCGUGACUUUGGGUAUCAGGUUAGCAAAAGUUUGGAAAUCAAAAUACAUAAUUUGAGAGCACAAAGAGACAAAAUAGAACAGUCAAAAUUGUCUAAGGAGAACAUUAUCUGAAGGAGUUACAUCCUUAGAAUUAGCAUAAUUACAUAAUUUCAUGAACUGGAAAUUAAACAAAAUGUAUCAUUUAAUUCAUACCAAUACUAAAUCACUGUUUACUGGGCUGAUGGUACCUUCUGGGACUGAUAUCACACUAGCUGUGGUACUAACCCAGUGUUACUAACCCAGUAUUAGAAAAAAAAUUCGCGUACAUGUGUAACAAUCGACUAGACGAUUGAUCGUAUUGAGUAUGUUGUAUACUUACCGACGCUGCAACACUGUACACAUUUCAAUCGCAAAACUACUAUAUCGGUUAUCAAAGAAAGUACAUUCUAACUAACAUUAACAAGGAUUGAAUUCUUACAAUGAGCAUAUACACGACUGCCAAUCGGUAUAUAAGACAAAUGACCUUGAACGAAUAUAAGUUACGGUCGUCAAGUAUUCUAGGCUUGUUCGAUCGUGAAUGCAAUUAAAGACUAUGUUGAACAUUCAUGUCGUCAAGUAUUCUAGGCUUGUUCGAUCGUGAAUGCAAUUAAAGACUAUGUUGAACAUUCAUGUGACGAAUAUUAUAGAGGAUACCGGGGUAUAUUACCCAGCCUCAUGACUUUUGACUAAAUUGUAUCUUCACUGAUUCGUGCCACCGAUUCUAGUUUAUCGUUACAUUACAAAAUAUCCAAUAUAAUUCAUUUAUUUUACACCCAGCUAGUAUAGUAAAUACAAGCAAACUAUAUAUAUACAUAUGUGUGUAGUACAAUCAAUGGCAAUCGUGCUGUAUCAGCUAUUCGUGGGAAUAUCGAUAUCAGUCACGGUUGCAAAGACUUUAUCAAACUACUAAUCUAUAUUAAAAAAAAAAACAUCCACUUGAUUAUAUAGUAUAUAAUAAAGCGUAUAUAUGGUAUGUCUUUUUCAAUAUCCCACUCCGUGUUAACCCUCUACCAUUAUAAUCCAUCGAGUUGAGCUCUUGGUAUUAUUUUAGUGUCUCGGGUUGAAACGGGUGUAAAAUUGUUUAAGCCAUAUCAAAUUCUGUAUUUUUACUUUUUUGGUUUGAUUGAGUUUUUGGGUUGGUGUCUCUAUGAUGUACACCCCCACAUCUCCUUGUUUUGGUUUUUGGAGUAUUUUUUUAAUCAAUUCUAAAGUAGAACUAACCUUUCAGGAAUGUGUUAGGCCAAAUUAAUGACAAACUUCAAAAUGAAGUUCAAUUUAAAAAAAUGCUUUGAAAACAACCACUUUAUAAUGAAUUUAUACUACAUGAGUUGAUAACACAAGUGGCGAAUUAUUAGUCCCGAAAGGUAUCACUCAGAAGUCAGUUCCUCGGCUCUAAACAAAUUUAUUGCAUAUAAUUUCAUGGAUUAGAAUUUGUAAUUGUGUAAUUUUAAUAAAAUACAAGGUUCAAUAUCUCUCAAGUAAAGUUUACCUUGGACACAUUUGCUUAUUGUUUUA